AUGAUCUGCAUUUCCGGCGAGUCAGAGGCGGAGGAAACAACCACAAUCGCCGCCGUCCACUCCGACAUAAUCCAAACACACAUACUCACCCGUCUCGACGGUCCUGCUCUUGCUUCCGCCGCAAGCACCUGCUCCCAAUUCAACUCUCUAUGUACCAAUGAACAUCUAUGGGCUAACAUGUGCCACUCCACUUGGCCUUCCACCAACACUGAACGUGUUCAGCAAGUAAUCUCAAACUUCCCAAAUGGCUUCCGCUCUUUCUUUGCAGACUCUUUCUCCUCUCAUCAUCAAAGGGAUAUGACUUUAACAAAUCAUGACGAAACCCUAAGUUUAAUCUCAGCCGUUGAUAUUUUCCACCGUGAGGGUUUAGUGUUUUCUAAAGUAGUUGAAACUGAGACUGUGACUGGGUGGUUCCGGUGCUCUCCGUUUCGUGUUGACCUACUUGAUACAAAGGAUGUGAUAAAAUAUCCAGUUGUUGGUGAUGAAAAUAAUGUCACAUGUCAUGAUCUUGGGGAGGAGCUGAGACUGAGCUGGAUAUUGAUUGAUCCGGCAAGUCAUCGGGCGGUGAACGUGUCAAGCAGGAAGGCGGUGGCUGUGCAGCGGCACUGGCUGAGUGGAGAGGUGAAGGCGCGGUUCACAACGGUGGUUUACGGAGAAACAGCGACGGCGUUGGAGGUGGCGUUGUGUAGUGUGGUGGUGAUGUUGGCUGAAGAGAGUAUGGAAGUUAGAGAGGUUAGUUUGCAAGUGGAGGAUAUGGAUGGGAAACAUGUAAAUGGAAGGGAUAGUUUGGUAAUUUUACAGAAAGCGUUGGAAGGUGGGAGGAAAUGGAAGGGAGUUGGGGAGGGAGAAGGUUAUAGGGAAUUUGUGAAGAAGAAAAAAGAGAGGGAGGAAAGAAAGAAGAGGGUAGAAAGGAGAAUGGAUAUCAUGUGUCUAUUUGUGGGUCUUGUCUCUUUGACCUUUGUUGCAUUUUUUGCUUUGUGA